CCUGAGAGUCGGCAUACACAGAAUACUCUGUUUUGACUAUUUAAUCCUUUCUUUCUCACAUUUUUAUUCCCAUUUUUUUCUCCUUCCUCUCCAAAAAAAAAAACCAAAUCUGUCUCCCUUUCACACACCCAAAAAUAAAAAAAAUUGACCAACGACCACUAGUUUAAUCUUUUUCCCACUUUCAUUUUAUUCUCUAUAACCACAAGUCUCUGUUUUUGUCUCUCUGCCUUCUUCUUUUUUUUUUGGGUUUUACUCUGUUUUUGGAGUUAAGUUGAAGAGAAAGAUGGGGUUUUCGAAGAAGUCUCAAUUCGACGGAGGUUUAGAAUCCGACGGGAAGAAAUGGGUUAUCGCCGGAAUUUCGAUUCGGGCGACGUUGAAACCGGUGAAGACGAAACAACUCAGAGCGCCGCCGGAGAUUAAAGCCGAAGUUGAAGAAGAUUGCUACAAGGAAAAAGAUGAAGAAUGUUCGACGACACCGACGGCUAAAGAAGCGAAGAUACCGGAGAUACUUAAAUGUCCACCGGCGCCGAGGAAACGUCGGCCGGUGUCAAAAUGUCGGAGUAACGCAGUUAGAGAGUUCUUUACGCCUCCUUCUGAUUUAGAGGCUGUGUUCAUACGCCGACGUUAGUGAACCGUUUUUAAAAAUAUAGUUUCUCUAAUCAUAUAUAUUAUAGUUUAUUAAUUAAGACUUAAGAGUUAGAUUUUUGUAAUAUUUAGUGUUUGGAUUUCAAAUAUCAGUUUGUUCCCCCUUUGUAAUCUUAGCUUUUAAGUUUUUAUUUUUUUCCUUGUUAUAAAAGAAAGUUUGUUGUACAAAGAUUGUGAAACUAAUGAUGAU